AUCAGAUAAUCAAAUCUGAUCAUCCAAUCAUUUUUUUUUAAGGAAAAAAUUUAUUGAAGACCGAAUGUUAAAGAUAAUGUGAUCAUCAUGUGAUUAGCCACAAUUACGUCAGGGUAAUUUAAUUAGAUAUUUUCAAAACUUGCAACCGUGAGAAGUAUAAAAAAGUUUAUUUAUUAAAAUAUAUAUAUAGAAGCUUAUUUAUUAACAUAUAUGGGUUUUAUAUAUUAAAGUUUCAAAUUUAAAUUAUUCGCCUAAAUAAACUUAAACAUAUAAUAGACUUUUUCUUAUAUUAAGUUUAAAAAUAAACUUUUAUAAACUUUUGUUUCUUGAUAAUAAAAUUAGUAAUAAAAAAAUAAUUUUUUUAAAUUUCGUAACUAGUACAGUACUUCCAAUUUUAUAAAAAAAAACAUUUUUAAAUUAUUAUUUAUUUUUUUUAAAAUGACAAGAGUACGAAAAGAACAAAAAACUACCAUGCAAAAUGAAGCAGAAGUCACAAAAGGUCGUGAAAAAAAUGGCGGUAGACGUGGACGAGGUUGUGGUCGUGGUCGUGAUCAUAGUAGUGAUAUACAUCAACCAAUUGAAUCUUCUGUAAGUUCAACCCAAGUGCUAAAGACUACUGUGGUGAUUAAAUGUGAUACUACGAUUCAAGAAUAUGAAGCUGAAGCCGGACCAGCAUUUGAUGAUACACUCAAUGAUUUUAGCAUUUCUGGGCCUUUCAAAUUAGAUUAUAGUACAAUUAUGGAUAAUUCUGAAAAGAUUUGUGAUGAUGAUCAUGAAAUAGAAACAGAACGUGACAUACACCCAUUUUAUAUAUAUUCUUUAACCAUGUACAUUCUUAAAAUUUGAAACAAUUGUAUUUUAUUCUUGAAUGGGUUCCCACCUUGUUAUGGUUGUGUCAC